GACUUUCAGAUACUUUUUGGCGCUUGCCUUGAGCGGUUGUUGUGUGGGCCUUAUACAAAAAAAUAAAGUAAACUAAUAAAGCAAAAACAAAUAGUAAUAAAAGUUGCAACAAACACGAAAACACAUCUAAGUGAAACACAACAAACACACGCUCGCUGGCUCGCGUUCUCCCCCUCUGACUUCAUACAAAAACAAAACAAAAGCAAACACGUGCUCUCUCCUCUACUCUAACACCCUUUUUGCAUACCAAAAACAAAAACAUAUCGGAGUGUAAUACAAACAAGUGCUCUCUCCUUUACUCUAACGCCGUUUCGUCAAGCGAGUGAAAGACAAGCAAUAGCUCUCUCUCUUUCUCUAACUGCCGUUCUUCAAACGAAAAACAAACGCAUUACAAAAAAACACAGCUGAGUGAAAUACAACCACACGCACUCUCUCUCCUUCCCUCUUUCGUUUGAGUAUUGGCACAAGUGUGAACAUUGUUGUUGCCUCUUAUUGCUGUUAUCAAUAAUUGCAGCAACGACAAGCCAGCAUGACGGAGGGGAAGAACGUGCCGAAUUCGAGUGCUGAUGUGCCCUUUCGCAGCAAGGAGCUGCGUAAGCAGUCUCUGAUCCAGCACACAGGACUCGUGGGUGUCAUCGAUGAGGGCACCAAGACAAUUGGCUUCUCGAUCUAUACGACGCCCGAUUUCAAGGAAAUCGCUGCACAUCGUGUAGAGUUGAGUGUUAUAUCGCCACAGGAUGGCUGGUACGAGCAGGAUCCCCUAGAGAUGAUGGCAUCGAUAAACAAGUGCGCCGAGGAGGCAAUCAAACAGCUACCAGAACUGGGUUUUAGCUCCAGCGACAUUGCCACCGUCGGCAUCACCAAUCAGCGAGAGACGACAAUCCUGUGGGAUGCUGUCACCGGCAAGCCACUCUACAAUGCCAUCGUUUGGAAGGAUAUACGGACGAGCAGCACAGUCGAACAGAUUGUGGCCAAGGUUCAGGAUCCGAAUUAUUUCAAGAGGAGAACUGGACUGCCCAUCUCAACGUAUUUCUCCGCCUUGAAGAUACGCUGGCUGAAGGACAAUGUGCCCGAGGUGCGGCAGGCGUGUCGCGAGAAACGCUGCAAGGCCGGCACAGUCGAUAGCUGGAUCAUAUGGAAUCUAACGAAUGGUGCUCUACACAUCACGGAUGUGACAAAUGCUUCACGCACGCUGCUCUUGAAUCUGGAAACUCUAAACUGGGAUCCUGUGCUGCUGAAAACCUUUGCCAUUCGCGAGGAAAUGCUGCCCAGCAUACGCAGCUGUUCGGAGGUCUUUGGUAAGAUCACCUCGGAGAGGAGUGCACUACGUGGCAUCACAUUGAGCGGCAUCUUGGGCAACCAACAGGCCUCGCUGUUGGGACAGAUGUGCGUGAAGCCAGGCCAGACAAAGAAUACAUAUCGGUCCGGUUGUUUUCUACUCUGCAAUACGGGCGACAAGCCCGUCUUCUCUAGUCACGGACUGUUAACAACGGUUGCCUACAAGCUGGGACCCCAUGCACCAACGAUAUAUGCGCUGGAAGGCUCUGUCUCAGUGGCCGGACAUGCUCUGUCCUGGCUGCAGCAGAAGGUGCGACUCCUGCCCGAUUCGCGAGACGCUGAGAAAUAUGCUGAAGCAGUGCCCACAGCCGGGGAUGUUUACUUUGUGCCCGCGUUUACGGGUCUCUAUGCGCCCUAUUGGCGGCAGAAUGCACGCGGCAUUAUAAUCGGUUUGACGCAGUUCACGCGAAAGAAUCACAUAGUGCGCGCUGCCCUGGAGAGCAUUUGCUUUCAGACACGCGACAUAUUGGAGUGUAUGCACCAGGAGUGCGGCUACGAGAUAAACAAACUUCAUGCGGAUGGAAAGUUGACUACAAACAAUUUGCUGAUGCAACUGCAAGCGGAUACAGCGGGCUUGCCACUGUUUCGCUCCCAGCUGAUGGACUCGACGGCCUUCGGAGCGGCCAUGUGUGCCGCCCAAGCCGAUGGUGUCGAUUUAUGUAAAUUUGAGCCGGAGAAACGUUACUACGAGAACGUCCAUUACGACACCUUUCUGCCGACCACAACGGAACAGGAGCGCGAGGAACGCUACGGCAAAUGGAAGCGAGCCGUGGAACGUAGCCUGGGCUGGGUCAUCAAGCAGAAGAAGACGCGCACACACACCGAAGAGAACUAUCGCAUGUUGUCCUCACUGCCAGCGAGCAUUUUCCUUAUCAGCAGCUUUGCCAUGCUCGUCCAUUCCCUAUCAGCGACUGUGAAGUCAUAAAUGACAAAAAAAAAAUGUUUCGGUUGUAAUACCCUAAGCUUAUUGAAAAGGUAUAAAGAAAGGGUAUAUUGUGUUUAUACCAAUGUAUGUAAAAGGCAGUAGAAGGCGUAGCUGAAGUAUAUAUCUGAAUGGUUGCUAGAUAUGUCUGCAUUUCGGCUAAUUCUUUAACCUAUAAAUUAAUAAGUCUAUCGAUAACCUAAGUCAGUUCUUUAAACAGACUCAGGCACAAAGUUUGAUAUAAACGUUGUUGUAAUACACAGCUUAUGAUAGAUUGAUUAUAAAUCGUAAAAUCUUCGAUCUUUGCUACAUACUUACAUACUUUUGCCUUGAAAGGCUUCGGGUAUCUGCUAGUCGAGCACUGCCGACUAUUUAAUACGUCUUUUAAAGCCGAUGCCAUAACAGAUUUAGAAAGUCCCAUUAUCGGUUGUGAUAAUUAUUAUUUAAUAAACGGAACCUACGAUCCCAUGUACAUAACUAUCUAUGUAGCCUUUCUAUUCUAAAUGCUUCAAAAGUCUUCGAUUGCUUUGGCUUUAAAGUAGUAUAUAAUAUAUAUAUGUAAAUAGUUUAUGUUUUCCACUCAUUCUCUGCCUUCGACUUGAUAUUUUUUCUGUUUCUGUGUAGCUAGUAAUACGUAUAUAAUUCGAGUACUUAUCUUAUCGCUCUACAAGCUGUACUAGGCGCUAGCCUCAAAUGUUGAUAAAUCGAAAAAUUUCAUCGAUUACCCACGCAAAAACCCAAAUAUUUAUAUCACCUAAUUGUACAUACAUAUAAAUAUUCAUACUAUAUAUUUAACCAGAGCGCAAAUGACAUUUGUAUAUUACC